AGGUGGCAGCAGGAGAGGGAGCGAGAGGUCGGGCUCUUGGCCAACUAAGGUGCGCCAUCGUCAGCAGGUGCCCACGUGUGGUGGGGCACCAGCUUGGACCGCAGAGGCUGCUUGCAAGGAGCCCUCUGGGCCAGUUGGCCUUUGCCCCUCCCCAUGGCAUCCCUCCAGCCGGGCUCUUCAGGACUCUACCUGGAACCACAGAUGGGACCCAGAGACGACUCGGAUUCCGAUUCCGACAGCCCAGCCCCCAGCGGCACUAGGCCCGGGGCGGGCUACCCUACUUGCUCCCAGGUCAUCCACAGCGGACAUUUCAUGGUGUCGUCUCCGCACAGCGAUGUGGGGCCUCGCCGGCGCCACCAUCAGGCAGAGCAGGAAGCCCUUGCCCCUCCAAGCAUCGACCCCACCCUCACUCGGCUCUUUGAGUGCAUGAGCCUGGCCUACAGGUGAGUCUCAGGUGGCUACUGGUGGCCAAGUCUGUUUCUUGACAGGUCUGGGGUGCAACUGGGGUGGCCGUCUACUCAAUGGCUCGCCCUCAGGAAUAUCUGAGGCUGGAGGAAGUUCCUGGAAACCACAGGAAAGAGGGCUCUUAUGUUCGAAUGCUGUUUGCGGGUUUCGCAGAUGUACCGUAUUUUUUGCUCUAUAAGACUCACUUUUCCCCUCCUAAAAAGUAAGGGGAAAUGUGUGUGCGUCUUAUGGAGCGAAUGCAGGCUGUGCAGCUAUCCCAGAAGCCAGAACAGCAAGAGGGAUUGGUGCUUUCACUGCGCAGCGAUCCCUCUUGCUGUUCUGGCUUCUGAGAUUCAGAAUGUUUUUUUUUCUUGUUUUCCUCCUCCGAAAACUAGGUGCGUCUUGUGGUCUGUUGCGUCUUAUAGAGCGAAAAAUAUGGUAGUUCCAUAGAAUUGUAGAUGGGACCCAAAGAGUCACCUAGUCCAACCCCCUGCAAUGCAGGAAUCCUUUUGCCAGACGUGGGGCUCGAACCUGUAACCUGAGAUUAAUAGUCGCAUGCUGUACCGACUGAGCCCCUGCUGUGUUUCUGAAAGGUAGGCCACUGUCAGAACAGAAUGGUGGACAGGAUUUGCCCCCUUUGGCCAGGUCCAGCCGGCUCUUCUUAUGUUCUUUCAGGUUUCUCCUUCGCCCGGGAGAGGGAACUGUUCGGAAGCGAUACUUUAGUUAAACUAUGGAACUCCCUCCCACAAGAGGCAGUGAAGGCCACCAACUUGGAUGGCUUUAAAAGAGGAUUAGAUGAAUUUGUGGAGGAGGAGGGGGCUAUCAAUGACUAUUGGCCAUGAUGGCUAUGCUCUGCCUCCAUGGUCAGAGGCAGCGGUGUUUCUGAGUGCUGGUUGGUGGAAACCGCAGGAGGGGAGAGGGCUCUUGGGCUCAGGUCCUGCUUGCAGCCUUCUCUUGGGGGCAUCUGGUUGGCCACUGUGGGAGGAGGAUGCUGGACUAGAUGGGCCACUGACUGGAUGCCGCAAGGCGCUUCUUAUAUUCUUAUGGGGCUUUUCAUGUCCUGGGAGGGCAGGCGCAGAUUAAUUGCAGCGUUGGGGCCCCUGUAUGCCAAUAGCUCUCACUGGUAAAUGUUCUCACUGUCAUACAUCUUGUACUGUUAGCCAAGCUUGCUUUUCUCUCUCACUCUUCCAAAAUCCUCCAAAUCCCAAACUAGGGGAAAGUUUAGGCUGUACAGACGACGGAGCGCUAAAUGAUUGUAUAACAUGGAUGGGCUUCUUUGUAGAGUUGAAAGCUAUGAGGUGAACAGUAGAAUCACAGAAGUGUAGAUUUGGAAGGGACCCCAAAUCUAUCUAAUCCAACCCCCUGCAAUGAAGGAACCACAGUUGAAGAAUCCCUGAUGGAUUCUUGAAAAUCUCCAGCAAGGGAGAGUCCACCUUCCAAGCGAGUCCAUAUCUGGUCUUGAGAGCAAACUUGUAUUGGAGCCCAUCACCUCUCUUCAACCCCCACCCGUGGCCUGUCUCCAGCAGGGGGCAGUAAGGUUCCUCUAGGAACUCCCAAAGGACUACUUCACACGAUGCACGAUUAGCCUAUGGAACUCUCCGCCACAUGACUGCUGUUGGGGACAGAAAGCCUCUCUUCUUUGAUGCUGCCUGCAAAGCCUGGCACAGAGUUAGGGGCUGAGCUCUCUGCUUUCCCGACCAUAUCAGGGCUAGCCACCAACGCCAGCUGAAAUGCGUGAGCCUUAGAUUUUGUCCCUUUGCUGCUUUUGUCAAAACAGCUAGGGUUUUGGAAACCCUUAGGGUUUUGGUGGGACUUUGGCCUUCCAGAGAGUGCUGAGCUUCAACAGCUCAGGAAACUUGGGAGGAACAAAGGUUCCCCACACCUAGAUUAGUGGGUACUUCAUAAGCUAUCGUCUGUCUCCAACCCUUGUGACAUGACCAAGGAACAUUUGACCUGUGUCUUAAAAAGGGUGCUUUUUAAACAUUUUUGUUCCCUGUUAUCACCUGUCAGGGUUGACCAGGAAGGCCCUUGGCUCAGUGGCAUAGUGUGGGUUGCUGGCACCCAGGCCUAGGUAUUGUGCUUCCUAAGGCAAAUAUUGUGCCCCCUAACCGGCUUCUCAUUGCUCUCAUUGCUGCUGCUGGGUGGAACUGAGGAGAAGGAGUGGGACAUGCGUGUGGCGUCCUUGGUGGGACCCUGCCACCACCUGAGUCUUGCCACCUGUCCCUCCACGCUACGCCACUGCCUUGGUUGCUGCUGUGGUAUUGUGCUGUUACUCCACAAGAACAUCAGGCCAGCGGCCCAUCUAGUCCAGAGUCCUGUUCUCACAUAGGUCAGUCAGAUGCCAAGCAGGACCUGAGUACAAAAAUUCUUUUAUCUGCCCUCAAUAUUCCAACAUUUGGCUUCAAUGGAUGUCCAUGAGUUCUAUAGACUCUCCAAGUGUCCCUGUGGUUUCUUAUUUGAUCCUGGAAUGUCCUGCUUUUCCUUAGGACAUCCUUAUUUUCACUGGAGAAAUGUUGGUGGAGUUAUGCGGCCCCCAAGCCAAGGGAAUAAGUAACUAUACAAUCUUUAGAAGACAUCUGAAGGUAGCCUUGCAUGGGGAAGUUUUUUUAAUGUAUAUUGCUUUGUUAUGUUUUUAUAUAUGUUUGAAGCCGCCCAGAAUGGCUGGGGCAACCCAGUCAGAUGGGCGGGAUAGGAAUAAUAAAGUUGUUGUUGUUGUUGAAUAGGACAUCGCUAUUUUCAUCAGAGAAAUGUUGUAGUGUUAGGAGAGAGGGAGAGAGAGGGAGAAGAACUACAUCCACGUUCUCCAGGCCAUGCAAAAAUACAUACCCUCCAACAGUGCUCGCUUCGGCAGCACAUAUACUAAAAUUGGAACGAUACAGAGAAGAUUAGCAUGGCCCCUGCGCAAGGAUAAUAGGGACAUUCUAAGGGAAAGCGCGACAUUCUGGGAUCAAAUCAGAAACUGGGACGUUCCUGGAAAAUACAGUCAUACCUCAUGUUACGUUUGCUUCAUGUUACAUUUUUUCAGGUUGCGUCCCGUGGCGACCUGGAAGUACCAGAAACGGUUACUUCUGGGUUUCGCCGCUCGUGCAUGCGCAGAAGCGCUAAAUCACGUUUUGCGCAUGCGCACAAGUGCCAAAUCGCACCACGCAUCUGCGCACAUAUGACGCUUCAGGUUGUGCGCUUUUCAUGUUGCGAACGGGCCUCCGGAACGGAUCCCGUUUGCAGCCAGAGGUACCACUGUAGGGACACUUGGAGGGUCUGAAAAUAUGCAAUUCAGAGUCCUCCUGAGCCCAGCUUGCUGAAGCAAUGCCACUGGGGUGUUCUUGCUAGCGCAGACCUGCCUGCUGUCGAACGAGGAGGGUGGGAGGACAAUGCCAAGUCUUCCAUUGACUUUUGGACAUGCUGUGCUCAAGUCCUGUUUACUCUGACCAGCAGGGCAGUCCAAGCGCAGGCAGAUCCGGUCAAUAGGAACACGGGAAAGGGACCCCCGUGGUGUUCAGCCGUCCACUCCGCAAACGGCCUUCUUUGGUGUCUGCUUUGACAGAAAAACUGAGCUGUGACACGCAUACACACACACAGGGAAAAUGCAUUUGCUGUUUGUUUUUCUAAGAAUUGCCAUAGAGGGGAGGGACAGAAGGGAGAUGACUUCUCCCACUCCAUACGCUAAAACUCAGAUUGGUGCCGGGAGGUUCACUCAGGGAAUACUUUAACUGAAUGGCCUUCAUUUCCAACAGAGGCUGUGGUGAUGGCUAGUAGCACUCAACAAUGCAGUGAUGCAGAGAUCCAGGGUGGGGUAGAGGUUAGAGUGUUGGACUAGGACCUGGGAGAGCAGGGUUUGAAUCCCCACUCGGCCAUGGAGCUCUUUGGGCCAGUCACCUCCUCUCAGCCAAACCUACCUCACAGGGUUGUUGCGAGGAUAAAAGGGGGGAGCCGUGGAGAUCCUUGGCGGUAUAAAUUUUAUAAAUGGUAAAUAGGCAUUGCUGAAGCGGUCAGUUUUGCUUCCCCCAGUUUCUCAUUUCUCCCCCAACUCCCCCUCAAGUUAUUGCAAACGGCUGCGGAAAUGUGGAGAUCUGAAUUUAAGUCCUCGUGAAAGUGCACUGAUGUUUUUGUGUGAAAUUCUCCUGAGGCAUGUAUAUCUGUACACAAUUUCCCCCAAGUGAGAGAGAGGUGUAUUUGCAAAGCAAUCUUCUUUAUUACGAUGCAUUUUUAAUAUGUUGUUUCCCCCUGAUAGUUGCAAGGUUUUUAUGCACCCUUUGCUCUAAUAUGUGUGAUUCUUAUACACAUUGUGUGGUAUAAGAGAGAACUACUCUGCAAGAUUUGACCAAGCACAAAUUUGGAAGGAAAUUGGCUUUCCUAUGUCUUGUUUUUGAAAGAGUGGAUUCAGUCGUUUUUGCCUUUCAGUGUGAACUGAGUUGAGAGCCUUUCAGCCCGAGCCCAAUCCUGACAGAGUUUGGGGCCUCAUGAGAGGACUUUCUGCAAGGAAACCAGGUGCUCUGCUGCUGAGCUAAGAUCCUAGUCCUCAUGAUUCCCAACUGAGGGCUGCUUAGGAACAUAGGAAACUGCCUUCUACUGAGUCAGACCCAGCUGUCCAGCGAGCUCAGUGUUGCCCACACUGACUGGCAGCAGCACUUUGGGGGUUUCAGGCAGGGGACAUUCCCUGCCCUUGCAUAGAUUCAUAGAAUUGCAGAGUGGAAGGGACUCCAAGGGUCAUCUAGCUCAACCCCCCACAAUGCAGGAAUCAUAGCUAAGGAUAUUUGCCUUUCUUGGCUCAUCCUUGGAACCUCUGCAUGAGAAGCUGUGGGCCAUGGGGUUUGGAUAUCUCAGCUCUCCUGAAUGGCUCUGCUUGAAUGUUCCAUGAUGUGUGGGCCAGAUCUGACUGGGGAGCUCAGUCAGCAGAGCGUUUGACUCUCAGGGUUGUGGGUUCGAGCCCUGCGUUGGGCAAAAGAUUCCUACAUUGCAGGGGGUUGGACUAGAUGACCCUCAGGAUCCCUCCCAACUCUACAGUUCUGUGAUUCUACGUCACUGCGGCAUCCUGGGCAAACACACCCAUUUUCACGACUCUUCCCUGUACAGCUGAUGCUGUUGUCCCUUUUUGCCCUCACUGUGUCUGCGUCUCUGGGGCAGCCCAGAUCUGCUGUGUCCCUCCCCACCAAGAAUGGGGCCACCUCUGUAGCCUCCCUACCCCCCCUUCUCCCUGUCGCUUGGCACCCGGAUGCUGUCCCAGACAUGUGGGGGAAAGGGUGUUUUCCAAGUGCUAAGUUUCUGCUCUGUGAACCAGAAGGAUUUCUGCAUCCCGCUUGGCAGGGAGUGUGAAAUCCCACUGGGAAUUCUUGGACUCUCUCCCCCCCCUCCAAUGCGCUUCUCAUAACUCUCUUUGGUGAAUGCAAAGUAGUGAAUGCACAUCAGAGCCGAUUUGGGCUGCAUAUGCACAAAUACUUAUCUUGAAAAGCUGCCUUGGUUGCAAUCUCCUUUAAAAAAUGUAUUUAUCAUGUUUGCAUCCCAAGGAGCAAUACUCCAAGGUUCUCCUCCUCUCCACAUUAUCCUCACAGCAACCCAGCGAGGUAGGUUAAGCUGAGAGACACUGUAUUUGGCCCACACCCAAUGAGCUUCGUGACUGAGCAGGAAUUCAAACCUGGGUCGUCUAAAUCCUACUCUGACACUCUUAACUCAGUGGCUCUCAGACUUUUUUGGGCCGUUGUCUCCUUGGCCCCAUAAACCCCUCCUCCUCAGUGCCCUCUACUCAACCCUAUAAAAAGCCUGAUUCAGAAGACUGGCUUGCACGGCCCGCUAAGGAAGAUAAGAACACAAAAAAAUUCAAAACAGGAACAAUUAAUUGCACAUUUCUUCAAAAUCCAAUUAAAACAAUCUCAUUUAAUGAAUUUAACAAAAUGGAUGAACUUGAGCCAGCGAUUGACAUUUACACCUCCAGGACCCGCUGCCACCCCCUUGCCCCCUAGCACCCCUUUAGCAUUCCCACUUUGGGAACCACUGCUCUAACCAAUGCACAACACUGCCUCUCUGUGACAGAGCUGAGACUUCCGGCUGUCUCCCUUUCCAGGGCCAAUUCCAGAGCAGCAGGCUCUGUGAUCUGGGCUGUGGCCCUGCAGCCAGGGUGCUUCAGUGUGCUGUCCCCUUUAAAGGGGAGAGUCUGCACUGUGGCAACCCUUGGCUUCCCAACAGCUGGGUAGCCUUGGCCCCUGGGGCGGUUGGCCCGGCGCCCGGGAGCUGCUGCCUUCCCAUUGGUUAACUUGCCUGCUUGUCACGGGCUUAACAUGUUUGCCCUGGAAAAGUCCAAAUUCCCAGCGGAUGACAGAGUACAGACAGGCUCCUUAAACUGGGACGGCAGGCUUGGCUGGUCAGGCCCCAGCCCUUUCCAGAGUGAGAGAGCAUGUGCAGAGUGCCCGGCAGGGUAAUGGAUGCAGCUGCGCUGUGCAAAUUGCUUCAGUUACCUCACUAAAUCCUUAGGACAGCCAUAGGAAGUGAUCCAAGUUGGUGGCCGUUGCUGCUUCCUGUGGGUAAUUUUGGUGGCCUUUUCCAGAACCCUUUCCAACUCUGCAAUAUCCUUUUUGAGGCAAGGCGACCAGAACCCUACGCAGUAUUCCAAAUGUGGUCAUACUGUGGAUUUGUAUCUGAGCAAAAAACAGAAAUAAAGUUACCUAAGCAGAUUUAAAGUUACCUUUAAAACAGAUUUAACAAUAUCGUAUGAUGGGAACUUCCCAACUGCCCAAGAAAAUAAGAACGCCUUUUCUGACUUUGACCAGAACCAGUGGAUUUAAGAAAGGAGAUUCCGACUAAACAUUAGGAAGAAAUUCCUGUCAGUGAGAGCAGUUUGACAGUGGAACGGACUCCCUUGGAAGGUGGUGGGCUCUCUUUCCUUGGGGGUUUUAAAGCAGAGGUUGGAUGACCACCAGUCAGGAAUUCUCGAGCUGUGAUUCCUGCACUGAAUUGCAAGGAGUUUGAUUCGAUGAUCCAACUCUAUAAUUCUAUUCUUCUCCUUCUUCAGCAUGUCAUAUUAACUGCAUGCAUUAUUGUUCAAUGUAAAGUGGUUCCAUCUUUCAGUGUGAGGUUACCUGGGCAUCCUAUUAUGUACUGCUGGAAAACAAAAUGAACAAUGUGUUAGACCAGCUUACAAUGUAGCUGGAGAUGUUCAGUUAGGCUUUAAGCCUCCAGACCUACCUUCUGUCCUGAUCUUUCUCUAUAGGACUUUUUUUUUUAAUCCUCGCCCCUUUCCUCUGAGAUGCUCAGAGUAUCAUGCAAGGCUCCCUUAUCCACCCCCAUUUCCUCCUCGCAACAACUCUGUAAGGCAACUUUGGCUGAGAAAGUGGCCAAACCAGGGCCACCAAACAGUUUCAUGGUUUUGCCCCCACACCGCCAGCUCUUGGCCUCUGUUUUCCCCACCCCACCUGUUGUUUACUUGCUUUCCUAUCCGGGAGACAAGGAGGGGUUGCUCUGAGUGCGGGUCUCUGCACACAGAUCUGUGCCUGGCCCCAUUCGGCCCCUCUUCUCAGCAGCAGAGCAAACAGCAUCUGGACUCUUCCUGGGAACUUGGAUACGAGGAAAAGAAAAAACAAGCUGAGCUGCCAUCACCCUUCAGGGUUUCAAUUUCCCCUGCUACCUCCACACUGCCAGGGCUGCCAACUGCUGCCGCUCGUCAGCCUCAUCAUCACUGCUCCCACCUUGCUAGGCAGAGAGCCACUGAGCCAGCAGGCAGGGGCAUCUGUUGAGCCUCCCCCUCACCUUUCCUUUGGCCAGGGGGAGAGGCGGAUGAGCAAGCAGGUUGCACUGCUGGAGUGGAAAAGCAAGCCGGGGUGGGGGGUGGGGGGCUAGGUGCGUUUUGCUGUGGUCUGGGCCCCCCCUUCUGGAUUGGGAGCCCCAGACAGAUGCCUGAGCAAGCCAAGUCCUGGCGCCAGCUCACUUCCUCUUUAUUAAAUUAGGACGCUAACAUUACGUUGUUACAUGCCGUCACCCCCCAGUCUCUGAGCAGUGGGAAACUCCAGACACUUUCCAAGUUUGGUUUCCUUGGAAUGGUCAGUGGAGAUGGUGGUGUCUUUAGGAUAUAUGGUUUUAUUUACACAUCUAUACAACCUGAGCAUAGGAUGGAGGGGCUCUCAGCAUCGGAAUCCAACAGAUCUUGCUUCUGCAUUCGUCACAGCUUUGGACUCAGCACAGAGCAAGCAGGUCUCUGUGUCUUCAGCUACCAGCCUGCUUCCAGCGCAGUUCACAUGCAUCUUACUGGCUAUUGCUCUCCUACCCAUGUCUUCUAAAGGUUGUAUAGUUGCUUCUCUCCUUGGCUUGGGGGUUGCAUAACUCCAUACCCUCCAACAUUUCUCCAAUGAAAAUACAGCGGUACCUCGGGUUACAUACGCUUCAGGUUACAGACUCCGCUAACCCAGAAAUAGUACCUCGGGUUAAGAACUUUGCUUCAGAAUGAGAACAGAAAUCGUGCUCCGGCGGCGCGGCAGCAGCAGGAGGCCCCAUUAGUUAAAGUGGUGCUUCAGGUUAAGAACAGUUUCAGGUUAAGAACAGACCUCCAGAACGAAUUAAGUUCUUAACCUGAGGUACCACUGUAGGGACAUCCUAAGGAAAAGCAGGACAUUCCAGGAUCAAAUCAGAAACUGUGAAAGCUUCUGUAGAUCUGGGGCUGUCCCUGGAAAAUAGGGACACGGAGGGUCUGCACUUAGUGAUAGCUCUUGCAACCGAGCUCAUUCUUUUGGGAUGUUGAUGGGGACACUGAAGUGGCCAGCCAAGGUCACUGUCUUACAAAGAAACUUGUCUGACUCGUUCAACAGCCUCUUCUAUUGGGUUCUAUCCCUCACUGGACUCGAAGAAUUAGAAGGGACUCGGGGUAUCAUCCAAACUGACCCCUCAAACUUAGCUCAAAGGCCCAAGGGCAGGGUGUGGAGUGACAUGCUCCCGGUUGAAGCCCCUUGGAUGCCCCUUGGAUGAAGCCACAGCAACUGCACUUCAAGCAAACUUUAAUCAACUUUAAUCAAAUGCUCAAGAAGCAGCAGGCACCAUCUAACCUCCCUGCAAAGAGAAUAAAGUCAUGUGACAGGUCAUCUAGAAGCCCCCUUAAACAUUUGAGGCAUUUCUAUAAUUUAACCCUAAAUCCCCCAAAUCUGACAGCAUCCGUUUACGUUCACCUUUUGCAUGUAUCUCCACCCACCCCACUUUCAUAUUCUGCUGCUUGACGUUUUAGUGAGAAACUGGUGUCCCCCAAAUGGAAGAAUUUCAAGGGGCUGCGGCUGCUUUGCCGGGACAAGAUACGCCUCAACAAUGCCAUUUGGAGAGCCUGGUACAUCCAGUGUAAGUUCUGGGGCUGGGGAAGACUGGGGGACGACUGGAUUCGGCCACAGGAAGUUGAGGGCCAGUUUGGGGGUUCUGGGUCUGCAUUGCAACCCAAGCUAAAAGGAGCUUAACUUGCACUCAGAACUGAAAACUGGGCUUCUACGAUUUCCCUUUAUUUACUUCAUGGGCCACUUUUUAAAUAAACAAGGGCCCAAAUGACAAGAAAAGAGAUUCUGAUUAAAUAUCAGGAAGUUAGACUGUGGAAUGGACUCUCUCAGAAUGUGGUGGACUCUCCUUAAUUUGAGGUUUUUAAACAGAGGUUGGAUGGCCAUCUGUCAGGGAUUCUUUAGCUGUGGUUCCUGCAUUGUAGGGGGCUGGACUAGAUGUUCCCUGGGGUCACUGCCACCUCUGCAAUUCUAUGGUUCUAUUAAGGGAUCUUGAGCUUCAACAGAAGUCUGGCUGUAUUUUUGCUGGGUGGGGAAGGGUUGGAGAGUUCCUGCACGGAGGAGGAGGAGGAGGAGGAGGAGGAGGGGUUGGUGGUGGAGGAGCAGGAUCGGGACCCUUGCUCUGAAGUAUCUCUCUGCCACAGAUGUGGAACGGCGGAAGAGUCCCGUCUGUGGAUUCGUCACCCCCCUGGAUGGCUCAGAGGCAGAUGAGCACCGGAAGCCAGAGGUGAGUAUCCCAAACACAUUUCCAUCUCUGUGGUGAAAACUGUGUGUUUGUGAGGGGGGGUGUGUGUGUGUGUGUGUGUGGUUUGAUUUCCUUUCCUUUACGAAUAUUGGACACAUGCAAAUGGAUAGUCCCCCAGCUAAUGGGUUGCAUGAAAAUACAAUCAAUAAAAUGCAACACAUUCAUGCUCUUUAAUUUUAUAUUGUAUUCUGAUUAUAUUGAUUUUUAAAAGUUAUUUGUUAAAUUUGCAUAAGACCUUUCAUCCAAAGAUCACAGGGCAGUUCGCAACAUAAAAAUGCAAAGCGAGAACACAAAAUACAUAAUAGAAACAAACAAACAAACAAACAAACAAACAAACAAACCAAUAACCCCCCCUGCCGCAAGCACAUCCAAAGGCCUGGUUUAUAGAGGAAUGUUUUCACCUGGUGCCUAAAGAUAUGUAAUGAAGGUACAGUUGUACCUCAGAAGUUGAACGGAAUCCAUUCCAGAAGUCCGUUCGACUUCCAAAAUGUUCAGAAACCAAAGCGUGGCUUCCGAUUGGCUGCAGGAAGCUCCUGCUGCCAAUCGGAAGCUGCGUCAGAUGUUUGGGUUCCAAAGAACAUUCGCAAACUGGAAUACUCACUUCCGAGUUUGCGGCAUUCGGGAGCCAAAACAUUUGAGUCGCAAGGUGUUUGUCAACAAGGUACGACUGUACUGUAAUAGCAGAGUCAAGAUCCCAGUAGAUGCAAUCAAUUUUAUCUUUGAAAUGCUUUGCAAACAAGUCACAGUGAGCUACCCUCGGUUCAGCCACCUCCUUAGGGCCAGACUAUAAGAGGCCGUGCACUGCCUGGGGAAUCUCUGCUGGACAGCACAAGGAGGCCCCAAUGGAGGCAGCAAAGUAUGCUUUAUUUUCUGCCUUCACUGCUAUUAUUCUAUUCCUAUGGUGCACACAUGAUGAAAAAUCAAGGGAAUUAAGGUUAACUUUUUGUUGGAUACACUUUGUGUUCAACACAUCGGUUAUUAUUGUGGCAUAUGUAGAAGUACUGUGGUACCUCGGGUUACAGACGCUUCAGGUUACAGAUGCUUCAGGUUACAGAUUCCCUUAACCCAGAAAUAGUACCUCGGUUUAAGAACUUUGCUUCAGGAUGAGAACAGAAAUCGUGUGGCGGCAGCGGGAGGCCCCAUUAGCGAAAGCGGUACCUCGGGUUAAGAACAGUUUCAGGUUAAGAACGGACUUCCAGAACGAAUUAAGUUCUUAACCCGAGGUACCACUGUAUUUGUUAAACCUGAAAAAUAUUCUGCUGUACUCACAUUUCAUUGCCUCAGCGUAAUGCUUUUUUGUUUGCUUAUUUCUUUGUUUGGUAUCUUUUCUCUUGCUUAUCUUCUGUCUAUAAAUGUUACCUUCCCUCAUAAUUAUAAAACUUCAAAUAUAUCUUUAUGGGAGUGGGGGUCCUAGGCAAAGUCUCCAGGGUUUGGAUGAGGUCAGACAUGCACACGGAGAAUUAUUUCAGGCCAUGUCUCUAUGUCUGAUAUUCCUGGACAAUCUGUGCCAAUCGAAUGCUGUGAGGGCGCUAGAGACCCUCUUGAGGCCCAGGCAAGCCCCCAACUUGGCUCCCCUCGGUAUCAGCUGUGUCUUAAGCUCUUAACCAUUUCUCUCCGCUCCUUCUCUUCUCCCUCUCCUCCAUUUCUCCUUUUCCUUCUUAGGCUGUCGUGCUGGAAGGGAACUAUUGGAAGCGACGCAUUGAGGUGGUGAUGAAGGAGUAUCACAAGUGGCGGAUCUACUACAAGAAAAGGGUCAGGUUUCUUUCCCCCACCCUCAACUUUAUUGGGAGAUUCAGGACACAUAAAGAAAGUCCUUCUUCAUGCAGCGUAUAGUUAAACGAUGGAACUCCCUCCCACAAGAGCCAGUGAUGGCAUGAUACGGCUGUUAGUGGCUGUUGCCCUCAAAGUGUCCCUAUUUUCCAGGGACAAACCCAGGCUAGAUCUACAGUCCCCUUUAAAAUGCUAUUAGAAAUGUCAUUCUAAAACCUGAGUCCCAUUUAGUUUCUCUUUCGUUUUGUUUCCACAAGGUCAACCAGGUUUUAGAUAGCUAGUAGUAUAGCUCUGCAGAGCCCUCUGCUGUCAAGUUUUAAUAACGCAUUAUUAACAUUCUAAAAUGAAACGUACCGUACUUUUCCAUGUAUAAGACAAGCUUUUUUUUAUUAAAAAAAUGUUAAAAAUUGGGAGUCAUCUUAUACACGGAUAGUGGCUAGGGGGGACAUGGGAUUGGUUGUUGCCGCAAGCUGGAGAUUGUCAGGGGCUAUUGUGCGUGUUAUUGGUGGCUGCGGCAAGGGCUGGUGUUGAUUGGCUGACACUGCGGCAAUUGGGUGGGUGAUUGGCGGCUUUUGCGACACAUGUGAGUGGCAGUGUAGGUCAGGCGGGUGAGCAAUUUUCAGCAAUCCUCCCUUAAAAAGCUCAACAACCCAGGGCAAUUCUCCCCCCAUUUUCUUAUUUUGGGGUCCCCCCAAAUAGGGGGGGUGUUAUACACGGGGGCGUAUUAUAUAUGAAAAAAUACGGUAAUAUGACCAUUACAUUUUGAAGCAUUUUCUUAACCCUUUCUUAACAUUAUAAAGCACAAGUGUAGCUCCACCUCCGGAAUUACAAAAACUGCCCCCGUUUCUGAUUUGAUCCCGGUUUUCGUUUUUUCUCCCCUCCAUUUCUUGGAGAACAAUUAAAAGUCGAGUUCGCGAAAAUAAAAUAUCUGCACCAAAUGAAGGAAAUGUUGGUGCUGCCAUACAUAGCCCAUCCUACCAUUUUGAAGGAAAAGGUCACCAAUCCACUUUAAAUUCAUUAACUGCAAUGCUUCGGCAUUCAGCCAUUUCCUCUGAGGCGCAGGGAAUGUUGAUUCCUUUAUUGCAGACUGGGAUUCUAAUGGAUCUCACUUUCUGCCUGUUGAUAUCAGGACGGCACCUUCCCUACACACUUUUUGGCCCCUGCUGAAACAUUUUUGUUUAUACAAACCUGCCUAGACACUCAGAACGUUAAUGUGCGUUUUAUUCUGGUUUUUAGAUUAGCGUUGGUUUUAUUCAUUUUUUAAAAACGUUUCAAUCAUUUUGUCGCCUGUGUUUCCCUUGCAGCUCCGCAGGUUCAGCCGGGAAGAGGAAACCGCCAGCCACAAACUAGUGAGUUAAGAAGCAUGGCAGAAUUGGAAGGGACCCCAAGGGUCAUCUAGUCCAACCCCCUGCGACGCAGGGACCCUAACCAGUCAGGCUUGCUGGAUGGGGAACGAGGGUCCUCCUGGUCCCCAUUUGGGGGUGGGGAAUGGUCCUGGGUGGAUCCCUCCCAGACCUGCUUGCCUCUCCUCUUCAGGAUGAACCUUGGAAGUCUCCGGAAAACUGGUGCGACCACCUCUUCUCCAACGUGGUCCCGAUGCUGCUGCGGGACGAGGAGAAGGAGGCCGAUGGGAGGCAGCUCUUUGAUCUGGACAGCUUCAUCUCGGACAUCUCCGACACCCUCUUCACCAUGACCCAGGCCAGCUGCCCCCCUCAGUUGUCACCGGAAGAAGGUAAUUGUGUGCUGGAACCCACAAGCUACAGUUAGCGCGGAAUGCCGCAGCACAAUUGCUGGUGGAAGUGAGGCCUUGUCUUUUUUUUUUUUUUAAUAAUAUUUAUUAAAGUUUCACAAGAAAAAAACCACAUUAGUAAAGAAAAAAUUAACAAUAAAAAGAAAAAAUACAAAGUAAAAAAAGAAAAAAAAACAAUUAAAAACAAUUUCAUCUUUUCCUCACUUCUUUUACAUUUACUUGUUUCCCGGACCUCCUCUUACCUCCCUCUUUUAUAUUCUAAUUAAAUAUGUUAAUCCAACAAUUCCUUUCCCUCCUUUUUAGUCCUAAUCUUUAGUCUUGAUAUAAUAUAACUUUAAAUUUUACAUUUUACAUAUUAAAACCAAUUUUUCCAUAUUCUUUUGGCCUGUACAGCUAGAAACCCCUUAACUUCAAUCCAACAUCAUUCUAACAUUCAUUAAUUUUGCAAUAUUUCUGUAAAUAGUCUUUGAAUUUCUUCCAAUCUUCUUCCACUGACUCUUCUCCCUGGUCACGGAUUCUGCCAGUCAUUUCCUCCAAUUCCAUGUAGUCCAUCAUUUUCAUCUGCCUUUCCUCCAGUGUGGGUAGAUCUUGUGUCUUCCAAUACUUUGCAAUGAGUAUUCUUGCUGCUGUUGUAGGAAGUGAGGCCUUGUCACCACAUCACACCUGUGCUCAGAGACCUGCCCUGGUUGUUGAUUUGCUACUGGGCCAGGUUCAAGGUGUUACUAUUAGUAUAAAGGUAAAGGUGAAGGACCCCUGACAGCUAAGUCCAGUCGCGAACGACUCUGGGGUUGCGGCGCUCAUCUCGCUUUACUGGCCAAGGGAGCUGGCGUUUGUCCGCAGACAGUUUUUCCGGGUCAUGUGGCCAGCAUGACUAAGCCGCUUCUGGCGAAACCAGAGCAGCAUGGAAACGCCCUUUACCUUCCCCCCAGAGCGGUACCUAUUUAUCUACUUGCACUUUGAUGUGCUUUCGAACUGCUAGGUUGGCAGGAGCAGGGACUGAGCAAUGGGAGCUCACCCCGUCGAACCACUGACCUUCCGAUCGGCAAGCCCAAGGCUCAGUGGUUUACACCACAGUGCCACCCGCGUCCCUAUUACUAUAUAUAAUUAUAUUAUAUUAUUAGUAAUAUGCUAUAGUAUAUUAGUAUAUACUAUUAGAAUAUACUAGAUACUAUUAGUAUAUAGAGCCCUUAACAGGUUGGGACCAGUUUACCAGUGAGAUCGCCUUAGUCCAUAUGUCAUACCCUCCAACAUUUCUCCAAUGAAAAAAGGGACAUCUUAUUCCAUUAUUAUUAUUAUUAUUAUUAUUAUUAUUAUUAUUAUCCUGCCCACCUGACUGGGUUACACCAGCCACUCUGGGAGGCUUCCAACAUAUAUAAAAACAUAAGAAAUCAUCAAAUAUUAAAAAACUUCCCUGUACAGGGCUGCCUUCAGACGUCUUCUAAAGGUUGUACAGUUACUUAUUUCCUUGGCUUGCAUAGCUUCAUACCUUCCAACAUUUCUCCUAUGAAAAUAGGGACAUCCUACCAUACCCUUCAAUAUUUCUCUGAUGAAAAUAGGGAUGCCCGAAGGAAAAGCGGGACAUUCCAGCAUCAAAUCAGAAACCAGGAUGGCUUCUGCAAAUCUGGGACUGUCCCUGGAAAAUACAAGACACUUGGAGGGUCUGCACAUGUACCUACUGAUCGCUUCAAUCUGUGGAAAUGGCCCUGAUACAGGUGCCACGUAACAGCCAAUCUGGAUCUGUAAGCACCUGCACUUUGGAACUCCCUGCCUCAUGAUAUCAGGCAGCUGCCUUCACUGUAAUCUUUUCGAUGCCUGCUAAAAACAUUUUUGUUUAGGCAAGCCUGCCCAGAUAUGUAGAAUGUGUGUUGAUUUAUUUAUUGAUUACAUCCCUAUCACACCUUUUUCUCCAAGGAGCUCAUGAUGGUAUUCCCAGCUCAUGGCCGAGUGGGGAUUUGAACCCUAGUCUCCUGGGUCCUAGUCCAUCGCUCUAACCGCAACACCACGCCAACGCUUUUUAGGAAAGAGAAAAGCUUGGUGAUGUGCUGAUUCCUCUCUCUUCUCUUUUGCCUGCAGCCUACAUUGGGAAUGCAGACAUGAUCCAACCAGACCUGGCGCCGCUGCAGCCGACCCUCGACGAUUUCAUGGAGAUAUCUGGUAGGAGCCAGCUUUGUUUCUAAGGUCAGAAAUUAAUGCGUUGAGUGGUGGUGGGGGUCAUCUUCACGGGGGAAGGGAGGUAUGGGAAAUUGGAGCGACUUUGGGUGGAACCGGUUGCUUCCACGCUGGGACCCCUUGAGCACUUCUAAGGUUGCAAUUCUGCGGUUAUUUGAAAGCGGGAUUAAAACAGAGGGCAGCUUUGGAAGCACUGCACACUGGGCCCCUGAGCAGCGCAAGACUGACACACUUCUUUUUAGUUUUGAGAAAAGGUGAAUUAGAGGUGACACGAUGGAAGUGUUUAAAAUGACGUCUGGCACAUGCAGAAGGUGGAGAGAGGAAAGUUUGGCAGUGAUGGCCGCCAACUUGGAUGGCUUUAAAAGAAGAUUAGGCUAAUUCAUGGAGGAGAGGGCUAUUGGUGGCUACGAGCCAUGAUGGAAACCACAGGAGGGGAGAAUGCUACUCUUGUGCUUGAAUCCUGCUUGCAGGUUUCCCAUUGGGGCUUCUGGUUGGCCACUGUGAUAAGAGGGUGCCAUUGGCCUCAUCCAGCAGGCUCUUCUCAUGUUCGUAGGUCUGUUGUUUGAGGAUGAGUUGUGGGUUGCAACCAGGGCUAUUUUUCUAGAAAAAGAGGUGCCGGAACUCGCCAUGAUCACCUCCCUUGUUCUCUUACAAUGGCAAUGGCACCCACCUGAGAGGUGCUGGAAGUGAGUUCUGGUGAGUUCCAGCUUGAAAAAAAAGCCCUGGUUGCAACAUUAGGAGUUAGCAUCAAAAACAGGAGUCUCUGCAAUACAGUGGUACCUUGGCGCACCGCUGCCAUGCAAUUUCUGUUCUCAUCCUGAAGCAAAGUUCGUAACCGGAGGUACUGUUUCUGGGUUAGCGGAGUCUGUAACCUGAAGCGUCUGUAACCUGAAGCAUCUGUAACUCGAGGUAUCACUUCAGGUCUGUCCUCUUUUCUUUUUAGUUUUUGAAAACAUAAAAGCGUGGUCAGUGUUAUGUACUGAAGUUUUCACCCUAGGCCAGCAGGGGUAUACUGUAGAUAGUUUUCACUCAGGUCCUCAUAUGCAAAUGAGGGAUUGACGUUCAGUGAUUGGAUGGUUACAGAAAGUGGUUACUGUUGCACUGUAGUGGAGCUCUCUAUAAGCAGGCUGGCUGAACCCUUCAGUUCAGUUCUGGCCUGGCCUGUGAAUAAACAAGAGCUGUUUGAAGAAUCGCUGUGUCAUCUGAUAUGUUCACCCACAACUUAACAGUCAGUCUGCUUGAUAGUCAUUUACGUCAGUCAAUUACACCAAUAUCAUGAUGCCGUUACACAAAAAUACUCAGCGAAAACACCUGAAAGCCUGCGUACUGUUGGCCUCACCUCAAAAAAGGAUGUUUUAGAGCUGGAAAGUGUUCAGAUAAGGGCCACCAAAACGAUCAAGGGGAUGGAGCAACUUCCUUAUGAGGAAAAGUUACAACAUUUAGGGAUUUUUAGCAGAGAGAAGGCAAAAAAGGACUUCAUAGUGUUAUACGAAAAAUUUGGGCUUGGUUUGCCCUGACUCAGAAGCCAGGCUCUUUGGAUGUUAUGGCUGAGAAUUAGUGAUGAACCAUGCAUUAGUGACCCCUCAAAUAUUCUAGAAGGGUCCAUUUCUGUUCUGAGGUGGGUUGUAGUGGAGGCAUGAAUGGUUUCCUCUCUCUCUUUUUCUUUUAAUUUUUCUAACAGGAAACAGGCACCAUUUUGCUAUUUAUUUAGAGUGGUUUCUAGCCCACACUUCAUUAAAAUAAUCUCAGGGCAUCUAAAAACAAACACGUAAAAAGAUAGCUGAAACCAAAUAACCCCUCACACGUACAACAUACCAACGAGGACACAUGGCUCAAUUCUCAACCCAUUUAGUCCAAAGCCUAGCGGAAUAAAAAUGUCAUUGAGUGGCUUCUAAAACCCACCAGGGUCAGCACUAGCUGUUUGUGGAAGGCAUUCCACAAACGGAGAGCCAAUACUGAGAAUAUCUCCGUACCGUAUUUGAUAACAAAAUGCAUCAUUCUGUACUCCCAAGGAAUAACAGAUACUGGUUUGGGGGCCAUUGGGAGGGGCAGAUUUUUUCCUUCCUAUAUACAUAGAAAUGUAAGGCUGUCGUCCCACAGCUCCAGUUGCAGGAUCUGUAGUGCCGCGUCACAGUCCUGGAUUUCCAUGAAGUCUGGGCGGAGAGCAAAAGAAAAGCCAGGUUUUUAAAAGGAUGGUUUUAAACGACAAACAGAGGUUUGACUAAAGCAUGGAUGGAGAAGCGAUGAGGAGCUCUGAGGAAUGUCUCUCUCUCUCUCUCUCUCUCUCUCUCUGUGUGUGUGUGUGUGUGUGUGUGUGUUUAAGCCAGACUAGCAGAGGGGGCAAAAAUGGGACGGUCAAUAUAUUGAAUGAGAAUAGAGUGCCUAUGUCUUGCAGCAGUUCCCCAAAUAGAGUUUGGGUUACAGGAAUGUGAAACCGCACUGGGGGCGAGACGAGAGAGGAAGGGAAACUUUUGACCCAAGAAAGGGGAAAGAGGGGCAGCUGGGGCUGUCGAGCAACAGAGGGCUGAGGACCUGAAGAAGGGGGGUUGAGUUUAUUUAUCUAUUGUAUUUAUACCACACCUUUCCUCCAUAGUUCUCCUCCUUCCCUUUUUAUCCCCACAACAACCCUGUGAGGUAGGUUAGGCUGAGAGCAAAUGGCUGGUCCAAAAUCACACAGUAAGGUUCAUGAUUUGGUUAGGAUCAACCGUGUGUGUGUGUGUGUGUGUGUGUGUGCCCAGUACCAGGCUGUCUGAAAGAAUACAAACCUUCCCAGGGUGUGAGAUCUAGGGAGGAGGCCAUUCUCUUGAUCCUGCCACUUGGCAGCAACUACACUUUGGAACUCCCUGCCUAUUGAUUUAAAGGAAGCACCUUUGCUGUACUCUUUUCGGCACCUGUUUAGAGACAAACCUGCCCAGAUGCAUAGAAAGUUGGUGUGAAUUUUAAUCAGUUUCAGUAUUUUAACUUUUUGUUUGCUCGAAAUUAUUGCUGUGAAUUUUUUCUUGAUUUUAUCCUUUCACCUUUUUCUAAAUUGCUUUGAGGGUUGUUGUUGUAUAAAUGUUAUUAAAUAAAUCAGCUAGUUUAAUUGCUUUUUAAUUCCCCCCCCGAAAUGUUUUUGGCUGUUUCUAUUUUAACAGUAAGCCACCCUGAGUCCCCAGUCUGGGGAAAAGGCAGAAUAUAAAUAAUGAUAAAGAUAAUAUGUAAUAAAAAUUUGUGUGUGUGAUGAGUCCUCUGGUCUUUUGCACCAGCCUCUCUGCUCCUCCUUUAAAAAAAUCUUUUUUAAAAAAAUCUGCAGUAAUGGGCUGCAAAAUUCAGAGAUGUGUGAAUUUCAAAAGAUAGCUGCCUUCCAGUUUGCUGGCUAGUUUGAGAAGUUCUGGUCGUUUAUCAGGAAAAUGCAAACAAAACUGAAUUUCUCCCUCACUUCUAAAUGCUGGCAAGAUGCCCAGCUUUCCAGCUGCCUUAAUUUCCUUAGAGACCCUCUGCUUUAGCAAGGUGCUGUGAUCCACUGGGCUUUGCAGGAAACCUAUGCAGCUUGGAUUUCAGGGAUCAUAGCCCCCGCCUCCCUGACAAGUAUCCGUUCCUUCUUGGUCUUUUCUUGUUCCAGACCUGAAGUGCUGGACGCCUUUGCAAACUCCUGGAGUUCGGUUCGCAUCCCCUCCAAAAUUAGAGUUGAAAAAGGUGUGGAAAAGUGUUUGGGACAUUUCAGCUUAGAGAAAACAAGAGUUAAGAGGCGAAUUCAGAGGCCACAGGAUAGAAGUUUCAUACCCUCCAACAUUUCUCCAAUGAAAACAAGGACACCCUAUUCGAUAAUGAUAAUAAUUUUAUUAUUUAUACCCAGCCCAUCACACUAGGUUACCCCUGCCACUCUAGGUGGCUUCCAACAUAUAAAAAAAACAUAAUAAAGCAUAAUACUUUUAAAAACUGCUCUGGCUUGGCUCUGGGGUCACAUAACUCUGUACCCUCUGAUAAAAAUAGGGACGUCCUAAGGAAAAGUGGGACAUUCCAUUAUCAAAUCAAAAACCGGGACAGCAUCUGUAAAUUCGAGACUGUCCCUGGAAAACAGGGACACUAAGAGGAUCUGAAGUUUAUAAAAUUAUGUAUGGCAUAGAGAAAAUGGAUAAAGAUUUUUCUUUUCUGCCUCUCUCCUAACACUAGAAUUUGUGGACAAACAAUGAAACUGAAGGAUGGAAAAUUCAGGACAGACAGAAAAAAGUUCUUUUUUUAUGCAGAUCAGAGUUAAACUAUGCAACCCGCUCUUGCAGGAGGCAGUGAUGGCUGAUAACUUAGAUGGCUUUAAGAGAUAAUUGGAGAAGAGGGCUAUCGAUAGCCAUUUUUGUUUAUACUGGUCAGAGGCUGUAAUGCUCCUGAAUGCCAUUUGCUGGAAAAGGAAGGAGGCGAGAGGGCUCUUGUGCUCAAAUCCUGCUUGCUAAUACAGUGGUGCCUCGCAAGACGAAAUUAAUCCGUUCCGCGAGUCUCUUCGUCUUGCGGUUUUUUCGUCUUGCGAAGCGCGGCUCUUAGCGGCUUAGCGGCUAUUAACGGCUUAGCGGCUUAGCGGCUAUUAGCGGCUUAGCGGCUUUGCGGGGCACCACUGUAUCCCACAGGCAUCUGGUUGGCCACUGUAAGAACAGGAUGCUCGACUAGAUGGGCCACUGGCCUGAUCCAGCAGGGCUCUUUUCACAUUCUUAGGGAAGGCUGAAAAUGCCUCCAUCCUGCCUCCACAUGCUCUGGGAGGUUGCGUGGCUUGGGUGGGUGGAGGGAAGUCCAAGCAAGGCACUUGGGCCAGCCCCACGGAGGGCUGUUGCAAUGGGCUUGGGGGUAAGGUCACCACCUCUGUCCCCAGCCAGCCAGAGGCUUCCUGGGCUCCUGCCUGUCAAUCAAAGGGCAGAGUGAAUGAGGAACCGAGGCUGGAGAAGGAACCUGAGCCAUAUGUAGAAGUCCCCAUGGCAGGUCCGUGGCAGACCACCCUAGGGAUGGUAACCGACCGCGGGUGGACCCCUUCUGCAGGUAGGAGACUGGGGUGGGAGGCAGGGGGUGGGUAAGGGGGUGGGGAGCUGCCUAAUCUUGCUUGCAGUCGGCCCCCUGCUCUCUGGACACCCUCCCUCACUGAAUCCCAGAGCAGCUGGCAGUGGGAAUCAGAGAAAGGUAGAGUUGGAAGGGAGAAUUAUUGGAAGAAUCACAGCUCAAGAAUCCCUGACCGAUGGCCAUCCAGCCUCUGCUUAAAAAUCUCCAGUGAAGGAGCUCUCCACGGUUACAUAGCUCUUAUUGACAGAAAACUCUUCCAUAUGUUUAGCUGGAAUCUCCUGGCUACUUGAAUCUGUCGGUUUGGGUCCUCCUGGCAAAAGCCUGAGAGACUUUGCUGCUGGCUUAAAGGCAGGAUGGGCCCUGCCCACGCCACCAUUGCCCAGCAUUCUUGCUGGAACGACCUGCUCCAUUUUACCUAACGCUACAGUCAGCUCCAGCUCUGCUCCUUGAAAAGCGUUCUCUCCUGGUUGUUGCCCAGGAGGCCACUUUGAAAGGCUCAGGAACUGAGGGCAGUUGGAAAGCCGGCUACACUUUCUGAGAGUUGUGUCCCUCCCAGCAUGCUUUGGGGGGAUCAAAGCUUUGGGGCGGGGGUGUUGUCCGGUAUAGUUGCCCGCUUCUCUUGUCUGUGUUUCAUUUCGGUUGAGUUUUGUCUGAUUGGGGAGUAAUUCUGACCGCUGUCAGUUUUUCUUCUGUAAAAUGGGCACAUGUGUGUGUUUGGUACCCACAACAGCCUCUUAGAUUACCAGAUAUGCUCCAGGUCCAAGGAGGUUUGGGGGUCACCGCUCCAGAUGCUACUGGAGUCCAACACCCAUCAUCUCUAACCACUGGCCAUGCUGGGAGUUUGGGGGGUCUCCCCACAAAAUCUAGAGGGCCACAGGUGCCAACCAGAGCUGUACUAAAGGCUUGCCAAGCUCUUCUGUGUACCUGGCAGUCACCUGAUCACCUGUGUGGGUCUGGCAGAAUUUCUUGGUGAAUAUGUUAUCAUCACAUUUUAUUCCUUAUUCUUGCAUGUCGGGGACGUUUUAGUUUCGAGAAAAGGCAUGUGUUUGUUUACUGCAUUUCUAUCCCACCUUUUUCUCCAAGGAGUUCAAGGUGGUAGACAUUAUUCUCAGCCUCAGUUUAUCCCCACAACAAUCUUGUGAGGUAGGUUAGGCUGAGAAAAGACAGCGACAGCCCCCCAUCAAGGCCACCCAGUGAAUUUCAUGGCUGAGCGGGGAUUUUAACCCUGAACUCCCAGGUCCUAGUCCAACACUCUAACCACUGCACUACACUGUGACACGAUAGAAGUUUAUAAAAUUAUGCAUGUCAUGGAGAUAGGAGUAAAGUUUUCCUUCCUCUCUCUCCUCCUGGAUAUCCAAUGAAGAUGAGCAUUGGUAGAUUCAGGACAGACAUUCAGCGCAGAGUUAAACUACGGAACUCCCUCCCACAGGAGGCAGUGAUGGCCACCAACUUGGACGGCUUUAAAAGAGGAUUGGACAAAUUCAUGGAGGAGGAGAGGGCUAUUGAAGGCUAGUAUCCGUGCUGGCUAUGCUCUGCCUUCGCGGUCAGAAGCAGCAUUGCCUCUGAACAUGAGGGUUCCCUUUUGCUCGAAUCCUGCUUCCCACUGAGACAUCUGGUCAGCCACUAUAAGAACAGGAUAGUGGGUAGGCCAUUGGUCUGAUCCAGCAAGCUCUCUUCACAUUCUUAACAUAAGAAUUCCAGCUAAAAUCACUUUCGCCCUGGCUGGGCAAAUCGGGAGGCUUUAACCUGGUGCCAAAAAGAUUGUAACGUUGGCAAUGACACAUGUGGUUUUGAGGAGGGGGCAUAUACCACAAAUUGUGAGUUGCCUUGCUUCUGUGCCAGUUCCCAGUUGCCUCCCUCUCGGUGUUAAUAUAACCUGGUGACGAUUUUGCAUUCCUGCUUUUUGCAAAACGGGGUAGGGCAGGGCCUUCCGUGGCUUAAUCUUAACGUGUGCAUCCCCCACCACGCACGUUUUAUAAAGCCAAGAGGUUGCUUUAGUCUCUCUUUUAACAUCUUGGCUGAUGCAAGAAGAGGAUUCAAACUCGUGAUCGGAAUGGAAACUUGAGAGGCGGCUGCCUGAGCUGUAAUUUGGGGCAUGGCGCAAUCCAGUUUGGAAGUUGCGGUGCCAUGAAAUCUCUGCUCUUUCCAUGAUAGACAAAGUUCUCUCGUUUUGCUUAUUUGUAUGUGGCAUGGGACUAAAGAUGAGGCUUAUUAUUUAAUCAAUCCAUUAAUUUCUUAGUCACCUACUGUUAGAAUUAGUAUUGUGGUGACUUAUAAGAGUAUUUUAAAAUACUGCUAAAUGCCACACCAAUUUCUGAGUGCUGAGAGAAUCCAGCUGCUUACAUAGACUUGGUUUCAUUGGGAUGAAGGUCAGAGGAGACUGUGGUGUCUUUAGGAUAUAUGGUUUUAUUUGCACAUCUGUACAACCUGAGCACAGGAUGGAGGGGCUCUCAGCAUCAACACCCCAACAGAUCUUGCUUCUGCAUUCGUUGCAGCUUUGGAUCCAGCACAGAGCAAGCAGGUCUCUGUGUCUCCAGCUUCCAGGCUGCUUUCAGCUCAGCUCACACACAUCUUCCUAGCUAUUGCUCUCCUACCUAGCAACUAGGUGAGGGAGUGAAGGAAAGGCCCACCCAUUUGCCUGCAGGGCCCCAUCACUUAGUGGUAGCUCUUGCAAAAGAGCUCAUUCUUUGGGGAUGCUGAUGGGGACACUGAAGAGGCCAGCCAAGGUCACUGUCUUACCAAGGAACCAGUUCAGCAAUCUCCUCUGCUAGAUUCUAACCCUCACUGAGCCCAGGACCCCAAGAAUUGAGAGGGACUCAGGGCAUCAUCCAGACUGAGCCCCCAAACCCAUACCAGUGCUUAUUACUUACAUUCUGUCCCACAUUUUAGCACAUGAGCUAAAAUCAAUAGCAAAGUCCUCUGCAGGUUUGGCCUGUGUUUCUUGUUUCUUGUGUUUCUAUCCCAUCUUUUGUCCUUCCAAGGAACUGGAAGUGGCAUACAUAGUUCUCUUCUCCCAUUUAAUCCCCACAACAACCCUGUGAGGUAGGUUGGGCUGAGAGGCAGUGAUUGGCCCCUAAGGUCAUUGCUGAGUGGGUAUUCGACUCCUGGCCUCCCAGGUCUUAGUCCAAGAUUCCCAGCUGUUAUUAUUAUUUUUUAAAGAGAAUUCCCCCCCUAGUGUUUGUAGAAUGUGAGAGAUGAGGCAAAAUGUCCAUGCACGGUUCUUUCUGGAGGAGAAAGCAGCCUGCUCCCAGCUUUCCCUUUCCCUUUGAAUCCCCACUGGGGAGAAAGAAUCCCACAGACACCCAGGCAAAGAGCCCUGCUUGAAAUCCGAGAGCGCUGCUGCCAGCCAGUGCUGGAAAUACUGAGCUAGAUGGACCCCCAACGGUCUGACUUGGGGUGGGGUGGGGAUGCAGGAAGCUUAAUGCGUUCCUAAGGGACGAAUGCGAGAUGAAAGGCAUUUUCACACCCGCUAGGCUUUCUUACGGUGGCAAUUGAGGUCUCAAGGUACAUUUCCUGCUUGCAAACGUGGAACUAGGCACAUUCUGUAGGCUCAGAGAAUCCCUACCUUGCAGGGCUGUUGUGCAAGGAAGCAAUCGGCAGAAACGGGAGAGCGUGGCGGUUUAUUUAUGUGUGCUACUACAGCUCUUUGAAAAAGGCAAAUGCUGACGAUCUGGUGUUUACAUGCAAAGGGGAAGUUGCAGUGGAAAGGAAGAGAGAAGUUAUAUAUGUGGAUAUUUUGGUGUAGGGGGGGUGGAGAAGAAAACCGCAUAGGCGGUGUUGUGUUUGCAUGAAGCAAUGAGGGCUGUAGUAAAUGUGCUGGAGGGGAGGUGUGUUGGGGGGGAGGGUGUCUGUUUGAUGGGGUGACAAAAAGGGGAAAUGGCUUGGCCCAGGAUGCCUGUGUGUGUGUGUGUUUAGGAGGGCAUAUUGUGUGUUAUGGAGGGGAGUUAUUUUUGGAGGGGCUGGGAGCAGGAACAGACAAAUCAGUCAAUUUCAGUUUCUCUCAUUUUCCCGGUCUUGGGUUCACUUCACCGCACUUCCGCGGCACUUUGCAUUCGCCUUUGUCCCCGGGCACGAGGGGCUGACUGCACUGCCCCCUUAAAGGCAAAUCAGCUGCCAUAUUCAUAGAAUCCUAGAAGUGUAGAGUUGAAAGGGACCUUGAGGCUCAUCUAGUCUACCCCCCUGCAAUGCAGGAAGCUUAGCAAUUCCAUCCUCCGUUCCCUUUGUCUCCCUUUGGUAGGCCACCUAACAUUGGCCUGCAACCUUUGCUGCAGACCUGUUCUAGGAGGCCCAGCAGGGAACUGUGCAAAGGACUGUGUCAGUAAAUCAGUUAAUUUCCUACACUUUAGAACUCCCUGUUUAUUGAUAUCAGGCAGGUACCUUCACAAGACUCGUUCUGGUGCCUGUGGGGGAAAAAACAUUUUUUUUCUAGACAAGCCUACGCAGAUGUUUAGAAAGUUGAUGCAAGCCUUAGUUUUUAGUCUAUUGUUAUUUCAACUUUUUGAAAGCCCUAAAUUACCAUCACCCAUUUUUCUUAGGGAGAAUAUUAUUGUCUUUUUCCUUUUUGAAAACUGUUUUGAGAUGUAAAAAUUCUCUUUUCCCCCACAAUCAAGCAGUACGUAAAUUGUGCGAAACCAAUAAAUGACAAAAUAAGGGACAAUUAGUUUUUACUCGUGCAGGCGCGAUCAAUUGUUGGCAAGUGGCUAAAAACCCCCAAAAGGGUUUUAAAUGGGUGACUUUGCGUUUAAAGGUCAGGACUUGAAAUGGGUCAAGGAGCCCAAGCAAAGGCGGUGGAAAAAACCGCCACAGAGGGGUUGAUGUGGGGUUGCGGUUUGCGAAUUUUCCACUCCGGAAUGAGGAAGAAAACAAGCCCGUGUUGGACGUGUGUCCCUUCGCAGGAGCCCUGAAAGUGCCGCCGCAGCAGUUUGGGGGUCGUCUGACUCUGAGGAAGCGAGAGGGUUGCGGCGCAGGGGCAGGAAGGGAGAGGGGGGCACGGCAGGGUCACGGGGCUCGGAUUCGGGAAGGCCACGGGAUGUGGUUAGCCACAGGCUGCACGCAAGGCGAGCGCAAGAGGGCAGGGAUGGAGACCUGGGAGGGAGAAACCGCACCCACCCACUGAGGGGCUCAAACAUUUCAAAGCUGACUCAGGGCUCUUGCACACCUAUCUUAAAAAAAAAGUCUUUAAAAAGAUAUUUUUAUUAUUUUAUGUUUGACAGGGGGAGAAAAACUCUCCUGUAUCCACUUUCUCCAUGCCAGGAAUAAUUUUACAAAUGUCCGCCAUGUCACCUCUCACUUGCCAUUUCUCUAAAUUGAAAAGUCCCGAAUAUUGCAAGGGGGCUGCUCCACACCCUUGACCAUUUUAGUGGCCCUUUCAUGAAGUUUUUGCCAGCUCUACAAUAUCUUUCUUUCUUUUUUUUUUGUUUUUGAGGGGAGGGGAGCAGAACCAUCCGCAGUAUUUCAAAUGCAGUUGCGCUAUAUUGGCAGUUUCAAUUAUAUUCUUAUUUCUCCAAGAUAGGCACAUUCUUGCAAACAACUUUCCCUAAUGCAUUUUGCAUGCAUUACUUCAAUGAAUGUAAGCGCUUUUGAGCAUGCUUUCCCCUAAUUUACACUUUUGAAGCAUUUUUCAAAAAAAAUGUUGGUUGGAGAACUGCAUUGCAGAAUUCAAAGGUGUGCACAUUUCAAAAGGCGGCUGGUUCAGAAAGCACAAAUUAGGUAACUUGGUGCUAGGAUGUGACCUGAGCUCAUGGCCUCCCCAUCACUAGCUGGGGAAGGAUUUAGCUCAAUUCAUACCCCUGCCCCAACGAAGCCAAGCUGCCUGCCUGAAUUCAUGGGGAAGAGACAUCACUCAGUGGCACAGAGCACCUGCUUCGCACACAGAAGAAGACCUCUGUGACCACAUCUGGAAUAGUGUGUGUUCUGGUUCUGGUUGCUUCACCUCAAAAAGCACACUGCAGAGUUGGAAAAUGUUGAUAAAAGGGCUUCCAGAAUGAUCACGAGGAAAGGUUGCCGCGUUUGGGACGUUUUAGCUUAGAGAAAAGGUGAGUACAGUGGUACCUCUGGUUACAGAUGCUUCAGGUUACAGACACUUCAGGUUACAGACUGCACUAACCCAGAAAUAUUACCUCGGGUUAAGAACUUUGCUUCAGGAUCCGAACAGAAAUCGCACGACAGCAACGGGAGGCCCCAUUAGCUAAAGUGGUGCUUCAGGUUAAGAACAGUUUCAGGUUAAGAACGGGCCUCCAGAACGAAUUAAGUUCUCAACCCGAGGUACCACUGUAAGAGACAACACGAUAGAAGUUUACAAAAUUAUGCACGGCAGGGAGAAAGCAGAGAGAGAGAAGUUUUUCUCUCUAGAUCUUAAGGACAAGCAAUGAAGCUGAACGUUGGAAGAAUCAGGACGGAUAGAAGAAAAUAUCUUUUCGUGCAGAGCAGAGUUAAACUGUGGAACUCCCUGCCACAGGAGGGCCCCCAAGCUAGAUGACUUUGAAAGGGGAUUAGACAAAUUCGUGGAGGUGAGGGCUAUUGAUGGUUACUAGCCAGGAUGGCUAUGCUCUGCCUGCCCAGUUUGAAGCAUCAAUGCUUCUGAGUACCAGUUGCUAGAACCCAAAGGAGGGGAGAGAGAGGGCUCUUGUGCUCAGGUCCUGCUUGCGGGUUUCCCAUUCGGGCAUCUGGAGGACCACUUUGAGAACAGGAGGCUGGACUAGGUGGUCCAUUGGCCUGAAUCAGCAGGGAUAUUCAUACAUUCUUAUGUCAAUCCCCUGCAACUCUCCUUCAAAGAUCAAGUAGCAUGUCUAGCUGUCCGGAGGCAGUGAUUUCUGUCCCAUACCACAUUAAUCACAACCAGCACUGUUUGCAUUCCACUGCAAUUCAGCUUUUGCUAACACCUACAUUAAUUCGUUUCCCUAUCUGCAGGGGUUAAAAUCAGCGUGAUUAAUUUCCAUGGAACGGAGUUGUCAUAACAAUGCAGAAAACGACAUUACUGAUUUACUUAACAUUUGUGCACCGGGGAAAAAAAUCAUCAGUAGUGAAUACCGCUUUUACGAUAUUGCAUGGUUUCUUUUCUUGACCUCAGACAAAUUUUCAGAUUGCAGCAAUUUUCACUCCUCUUUGUGUUUCCAGGAGAAUUCUCUGACAUUGCUAGCAUAAUAGCAGAAUAGAAUUGUAGAGCUGGAAGGGGCAAAGGGUCGUCCAACCCCCUGCAAGUGACGAGAAAGUUAUUUCUAUCCCUGACACCCCAGAGGGAUGCUGUGAGAUUGGGCUAGAUCAGGGAUGAUGAACCUGUGGCCCUCUAGAGAUGCAGCUGGACUCCAGCUCCCAUCAUCCACCAACACUGAAUCUUGCUGGAGCUGACCCCGACCUCUGCAUCCUCAGGCUCUCGUGCAAGGCAGAGGGCGAUUGCAUUGCAUGUUUGGGGUGGUUCGACUUGCAAAUGUGGCAACGCCGUGCCCCCCGCCCUGCUGCGGUCAGGACCCCGGAAGGUGUCGGGUGCGGCUUGAGUGACCCGUGGGCGGCCCUGACACGGGCUUGCCUGCCCAUGCAGCAAAAAUGCUUGUGUUUCACAACUGCAGACACUCUUGCUGCUGCUGCUGCUGCUUGAAAAUACAGCCGGUCCAAACUGGUAGUUGGCCAGGUGAGAGGAUGAAGGCAGCAAGGGUGGCAGCAGCAGGAGGAGGCCCCCCUCGCAGGACUGGCGCAAGCAGGAGCACAGUUUCCCCCACCCAAAACUUUGGGAUAACACUGGGGUACCCUAAGGAAACUUCCUGGUUGUCCUUAAUUUACACAAAAUUCACCUGUUCCUUUACAUGCAGCAAGGAGUCUGGCAGGUUGGAGGGGGUGAAUUAAAUCUCUGGUUUUCUUUCUUUGGAAGCAAACCCCCCCUUCAUUUCGUUAAGAGAGAGAAAAUUGUGCAUCUCAUAAAAAGUAUCUAAAGGGAAGAAUUCAAAUGACAUUUUAAAAAUAUAUGGCAUGAUUUUAUUUCUUAUACAGUACAAAUAUUGAGGCACAUGAUUGUUCCACACUAUUUGUAUAUGCAAAUAUCUGGCUCAUUUAAGACUAUAUAGAAUCUUUAUUCUCAGUAAUGGUGAAACUCACAAGUGGAUAAUACUUUUAUUUUUAUAAAUCUGUAUUAAUUGCAGGGGGACUCUUUGUAUGAGUUAAUCCUUUAGUAUCCCUUUGGUGCUGUGCUGAAUCCUUGUAUUUCUGUCCAUCCAGGCUGUGACACUUUAUGGUUUAGUCUUCUCAUAGAAUCAUAGAGUUGGAAGAGACCACAAGGGCCAUCGAGUCCAACCCCCUGCCAAGCAGGAUGCUUUGUUUUCUUUCUUUUCGUUAUGUGUGCACUUUUUUGUUUACAAUUUUAGAAAAAGAAAAAGAAAAGAAAAUUGAUCAUCAUCACGGCUUAAGAAUAAACAUCAUGGCCUUCCUUGAUAUUUGUCCCCCUCCUGCCUGAAAGGUUUCCAGGGGACAUGGAGAUGGCAUAGAUGCCUUUGGGAAACCUAUAAGCAAGAUCUGAACACAAAAGCACUUUCCUCUCCUAUGGUUUCCAGCCACUGGUGUUCAGAAGCAUUUCCUGCCUCCAGCUGUGGAGGCAACACAUAGACCUUGUGGCUAAUAGCCCUUGAUAGCUCUCUCCUCCAUGAAUUUGUCUCCAUGAAUUGGUCCUCUCCAUGCAAAUACAUAUAAAUGUCAUUUGUUGGAAUUGGCACGGUUUCAUCACAUUGCAAAAUAUGGCAUGUUUGGUGCAGCCAUUUGUCUGGCCUGCUCUGACCUUUCUUUCUCAUCCCCUGCCCAGAUUUCUUUUCCAGCCCUCGGCCGCUGCCAGCUCAGACGUCCCUGAACUAUCAGGACCAGCCCUGUUUUGCAUCAGAGACCCUCUUCGGGACCACCGGCACCACCCUCCUCUCUAGCCCUGCAGACACCUUACUAUCCCCAGGCCCUGCCGCUUCUCCCGUCCUGCCCAGUCCUCGGCACCAGGUGUGAAAGCUCUGCUUGCCAUCAGUCUUAUCAGCUGAUGGCUCUGCCCUAGGCUCAUUUUGCUCUCUUGUCCUGCAAUCCCUGCCCUGGUCAGAGGCAUAGCUUGAGCAGAAGUUCCUGGGUGAUGAAGCCCUCUUGCUGGUAUGGGUUAUCUGUACAUGUGCAGAGUGACUUUGGUAAUUUGUAUGGGUUGUUGUUGUAUGUGGACUCCUGGGAUGGACAGGUGGUCUGGCUUCCUUCAGGAAGCUGAGCUAUUUGCUGUCCAGUCAGAUGGCCCUGCUAUAAACAGGCUGACAGAGUUGUCCCACCUCAUGGCGAAACGGCAAGAUUUGAUCUUUAUUUAUAUUGUUACAUGCCACCCAAAUCUCUGAGCAGUGAGAGACUUCAGGGGUUCCAGGCACUCAUCUAGAGUUCAGUUUCCUCUGAAGGUCAGCAGAGAUUGAAGUUUUAUUUACACAUGUAGAACCUGAGCCUAGGAUGCAGGGGCUCACAGCAUUAACCCCACAACAGAUCUUGCUUUUCCAAUAAUUUCCGCUUUGGAUCCAGCACAGAGCAAGCUGGUCUCUGUGUCUCUGGCUUCCAGCCGGCUUCUAGCUUAGCUCAAACGGACUCCUGUUGUUCUUGCUCUCCUACCUAGCAGGUGGGGUGGGGGUGGGGAGUCCCACCCCUUUGGUCCACAUCACACAUCAACAUCUCUGGUUGUGCUGUUGUGCUUAACUAGUCAGCCACAACCACUGACCAAACAAAAAUAUUGGUUUGGCAAGCUUGCUCUCACACCUUGUCCCCCAGAGAUACAGGACCCCAAGAAUAGGAAGGAAGUCAGGGCAUCAUCCAGACUGACCCCCACCUCAAACUCAUAACAUUAAUUUCCUGAUGUUUUCAAUGGUUUGAGUUUUCUCCCUGAGGCACCUUAAUAUCCCAGGGGCCCCCUAAUUUGCUGUGUUUUUUUCCAGUUGGCAAGCUUCUAGUCCUCAGCAUUGCAAAAAGAAGCUUGACAAGAGCUGCUGAAUGACUCUCCUGCAGUUUCUUUUGAGAGUGAGCAAAUUGCACCCACCUCUUUCUGUUCCCUCCCUUUUCUGUCUCCCCACAGCCAGCCAGCGGGUGCCCUGCUCACCUCGGUUCGCCUGGCGCCUUCCUCAACCAUGACCUCCUGUCGGCUCCGCCCUCCUCGACGCCCCCCAGCAGCCUUGGCCCCGACCUCAAGCAGAAGUCCAUGUUCCCAUAUACGUAUCCUGGCAAAUGGCUCAGCCUAGACCCCUACGGGCCCUACUGCCCCACCCCAAUGCCCAGUGCCCCUCUGCUGAGCCAGGAGCCAGGGCGCCCUCCUGCCCCCAACCCCAAGUUCCACUACCCGCCCUCCCCGCUCUACUCUGGACCCCCAUCCCCAUCGCUCUCCACUCCCUGCUUUUCCCAGAACGUCCCGGGGUACAGCAUGGAUCUGUCCUCAGGGUACCACUCUCCUCUCAGCACCCCACAACUACACACUGGUGUGCAAAGUCCCCCCAUAUUUGCUGCUGGUAGGGGGCAGCCACAGUCGGGGAGUGACCGGCCUAGGGCGAAGGGGGCCAAUGCCAAGACCAAGAGGCCCUCAAGAAUCCCAGCACCUCCACUUGUGGCAAUGCCCAACCCGUGUCUGACACAGCUGCUGAUCUCAGGUAGGGGGAAGGCGGGAUUUCUUUUCCAGGGGUCCCUUCUGCUCUUUAACGUGCACUGAGCUCAGGGCUGCGAUGUUUGACUGACUGGUUGGUUAAAGCAACAGCUAUCUCACGUUUUUGGGUCACUGCCACCUUGAUUCUGUAAACUCCUUCCCAGUACCCCCUACCCUAUAAAAAGUCUUACUCAGAAUAGCGAGUUGCCCAAAUCACUUAGGAAGAGAAUGAUGCAAUCAAAUUCAACACAGUCACAAUUAAUUGCACGUCUACUCAAAAUCCAGCUCAAACUGUUUAGAGGAUGAACUUGAUCCAGUGAUACCUGCUUUUCAAGACCUGAAAGCCAUUUAUACCUCCAGCCCCCGGCUGCCCACCUGCCUCUUAGCACUGACCUAGCUCUUAGCUCCCACCGCCUUAGCUCCUGCUGCUCCCCAGGAGGCAGUACCACCCACCUUGGGAACCACUAGGCUAAAUUCUGAUUGACCAAAAAAGGUACUCCAGUUAAUCAAGGAUACACCCACAGAUAUAAUAAAAAGGUAAGUGUGUCAUCAUGCUGCAGUUUGCUUGGCCAAAGACAGGUGGAGCUGCAAACUACAGCACAAUGAGAAACAGUGGGUGGUGGUCUAGGCAUGAGCUGCAGAGGGACAGCUAGAAGAGGCUGUACAAGCCCCCCCUCCACAUACCUUUCUGCAUACCUGUUCUGCAUACCUUAAGGCACAGGGAGGCAGAAGUCUCAGGGGGUGAAGGUUGGCGAGGAAUGGCCGCAGUCCUCCAACUAGUUGGCUUCAACACAUUUUUCCUUCCUUCUUGCAGCUAAACCAGAGCCAACUGAAGAGGCUUUGCCUGGUCCUAGCCACACCGUUGCUCCUCCGGUGCCUGAACCUCUGGUAGGAGUCAACUGUUGAUAGCAGGGGUCCGCAUUUCCUUUCUGGGUUCCAAACUGGCUUUGGGGUGGGAAGGGAUGGGUCUGUGACCCCACUGGAUCAGGCCAAGGGUGCAUCUAAUUCUGCCUGCUGCCUCCAACAGUCGGGGCUGGGAAGCUCAUACGCAAAGCGGAAUUUGAUCCUGGAAUUUGGUAUUCAGAGGUAUACUCUCCCUGAACCUGGAAGCUCCAUUCCUUGCUGCCAGGAGGGCUAUGAACUGACAGAGCCACCCUCUACAGGCUCCUGUCAUUUAUGCCACUGGCCACCACAACAUCCUGUGGUGGUGAGUUCUGCAGGCACCCUUGCCACCGAGCCGGUGCCUUCUAACCGUUUCUUUCUGUCCUCCUUUGUAGCAAAAUGCCUUUGGCGAGGAGCCGGCCAACUUCCUGCCCAGAAUGACCCAGCUCAGCCCUCGGCUGUCCCCCGCCUCCAGCCCCUCGCAGUCCGUCCCGGCCGCGCUGCCAUCGGGACCCCCGCUCGUCCCCAAGACGGAACGGCUCUCCCCCACCCCUGUCUGUGGUGAGUGGCGCAGAGUUGGCAGUCAUCCCCCAGCACAGCCCUCCAGCUCUAUUAACUUCUGAUUAUACGUCUGUCUGUGUGUGUAAAGGGUCUAUUCUGUAGCAAGUCAGCAAAAGGGGCCAAUUUUGAAGUGUGUGUGGAACUCCUCAUGGCCCUCGCUGUGGCCUGUGGAGAGUCCCUAGCCAUGCCCCCAAAGAAGGGAUCCCAAAAUGCAGGCAGUUGUGUUGACCUGCAUAUAUUGGUGCCUGCUCCCCCACAACCUCAUAGACCCUCCAGGGGGUUCCUGUGUUUUCCUUGGGUUCAGUUUCCCUGGAAUGAAAGUCACUGGAGACUGUGAUGUCUUUAGGAUACAGAAGUGGUUCCCAAACUUUCUGGAGCCACCGCCCCCUUGGUCCCAUAAACUCACCCCCAGGGGCCCCUACCCUAUAAACAGCUUUAUGCAGAAUAGUAGUUUGCACAACCCCUGAGGAAGUUAGUAACACAAUCACAUUCAGCCAAGAAUAUUGCAGGAGAAAUAUUGCUGCGCCUUCUUGCUAACAAAUGCAGUGCUUUUUUCCUGGGGGUUACACAAGGGUACACAUACCCCUAACCAUUUUGUGAAUCUGUGUACUUUUGUCCAUUUACUGUAUUUAUUUCCCCCGGUUUGAACUAUAAAAUGGUGGUUUUCUUGAGUCAAAAUGAGAGUACCCCUAAACAUUUUUUAAGGAAAAAAGCACUGAACAAAUGUGUCAGGGUGAAGGAAAUUUAUAGCAUGAAACAUCCGCCUUUACCCUCUUACCAGACAUGCACAAACUUUUCCCUACCGCAGAUGUACAGUGACUGAUUUAUAAGGAAAUCAAUAGCUAUUACCAGUGCUGUUUUUCUAGAAAAACUGGUGCCCAAACUCACCAUGAAUGCCUUGUUCUCUUAGAAUGGCAUUGGCACCCACCUGGGAACUGCCGGAACUGAGUUCCAGCUGAAUAAAAGCCUGGCUAUUACCAGUAAUCUUGUGAUCAUAGAUGCCAACUCUGUGGGACUGAGGACAGCUCAGUCCCUGUCUCCCCCCCCCCCCCAGUAUGCGGGGACGGGGCUGAGCCCCUCCAAUCUUGAGGGCCUGGGUCCCACCAGACCUCCCUGUGGUAGCAGGGGGCCCUAUUGGGCCUAUCCAUGGUGUUGGCAGGCUUCCCUGGGCCUCGCGGCCUCUUCCCGACAGGUGUGAUGUCACAGGUGUGUGUCGCGUGUGUUAUUUCAUGCGCACGUGAUGAGCUCCCCCCACCUCCCAGUGUUGUGUGGAACUUGGCUUGUGACAACUCAUAAAUAGAAACAAACGCGAUCAAAGGAAAUAGCUUUGGAAGAGCAGGAAAACAUUAAAUAAGAAGCGAGGAAGGUGUUUCGCUCGAGGCUCUAGCCUGGUCAGUUGUAAAGAAGCGGUCAGUGUGCUCAGAGGGGCCCAGAUCCAGCGCCCUCCCCACAGGUAAUCCCACUGCUCCCUUGGGGAAUGACCAAUACAUAGGGUUUUAUUGACCAUGUAUAUAUGACCUGAGCACGGGAUGGAAGGCUUGGCAGCACUUAUGCACCAACACAUCUUGCUUCCUCAUUCAUCAGUUCCUCUGAUGCUCGGGGGACAAUGCCAUCCUUCCUGCUCUCGACAAAAUGAAACACAAGCCCCAUAUCCCGGAGCUACGCUGCCCUCCUCCACUAUGCUGUGGGUCAGUGGUGAAGGGGAAGCACUCUGUGCAUGCUCAGAUGUGAUUAAGAACAGCAGAGUCUCUUUCUCCUCCCUCCUCAGGCAGUAACCGGAGGAUGUCGGGGCAAGGAUCCCCAGUGCUGCUGGUGGAGGGGAUGAUUUCACCCAGCCCCUACAGUCGGAACAAGACGGAGCCAAGCAAGGUAAGGGGGCGAAACAGAGGGGUCUGUGCAUGCAUUUGAUGAAGAGCACUUGCAUCCCAUUGGACAGGUAGUGAUCAAAGCAGAAAACGUGACAAGUCACCUCCCAAUGAAAAGAGAGUCAUUGUGGUGCAAUGUUGGACUAGGGUCUGGGUUCAAAUCCCCACUCGGCUGUGAAAUUCACUGGAUGACUUUGGGGGCCAGCCACUGCCUCUCAGCCUAACCUACCUCACAAGGUUGUUGUGGGGAUUAAAUGAGGAAGAGGAGAGCUUGAGCUUCUUGGAGAAAUAGGUGGGACAUAAGUGCAAAAAAUAAAUAACAAUAAUACAAAUGUACUCUUUGGUGGGAGUUUGGACUCUGUUUCGUGUUCCAACGUUGGUCACCUGAAUUAAUUCCUCUCACCAGCCUCGUGGGAAGUAUGGGAGCUAUAAGACAUACUUCCUGGCUCCCUCAUUCACAUUCCCAAUCCUCUCAUUCAAUGAUAUAUAUAUUUUCCAGGUGGGUCAAUUGCCUUCGGUAUAUGCACUUAAUCCUCUGGCCGUCCUUUGCUUGUUUUUUUUUUGUCUUCUUUUGUAUCUGUUUCCUUUUUCAUAUUGCAUUGUGAUCCUGAAAACCUUAGCAGAAGUUACUCCAAGAAAAACAGGGAGAAAGAAAUGGAGUUGUUAUUGUUAUUAUUCUGCCCAUUAUUCUGCUUUUUAUUAUCUUUUAAUUUUCAUGCUCUGUUCCUAAUGUUGUACACCGCCCUGGGAUCUUGUGAUCAAGGGUGGUACAUAAAGGGAAAUUAAUAAUGAUGAUGAUGAUGAUGAUGAUAAUAAUAAUAAUAAUAAUAAUAAUAUUUCCCAGCCCUCCCUGGAGAUACCAUCACGGAUUGAACCUGGGGCGUUUGCCAAUGCACAUUGGCAAUGCAGGUGUGCAUUCUGUCCAAUGCUCCUCUUAGAUAUUUACGUGGCAUACCAAAAUCUGAACCAUAGAGUUGGAAGGGACCCCAUGGGCCAUCUACUAUAAGCUCCUGCAAUGCAGGAAUCACAGCAAAAGCAUCCCUGGCAGGUGGCCAUCCAACCUCUGCUUAAAAACAUCUGAGGAGGGACAGUCUACCACCUUCCAAACAGGAGUGGCUUUCUGCAACCCACCCCCGUCUAGCAACUGCCCUUCCUUCUUCCACAGACCGAGAGCCGCCGGAUCACCCACAUCUCGGCUGAGCAGAAGCGCCGUUUCAACAUCAAGCUGGGCUUCGACACCCUUCACAGUUUGGUCAGCACCCUGAGCUCCCAGCCCAGCCUCAAGGUGAGCAGCAAGGGGUUGGGGUGGGAACAGACAAACAGGACAGGGAGGGGACCCUGAGGCUCGCAAGACCACAGGAAGCUGCCUUAUACAGAGUCAGGCCAUUGGCUCACCUGGCUCUGUAUUGUCGACACUGACUGGCAGCAGCUCUCCGAGGUUUCAGGCAGGGAAUCUCUCCUCGAAGUGCCUGGCAUUGAACCAGAGAAUUUCUGCGUGCCAGUCAGAUGCCCAGCAUUGGAAUGGAGUCAUUCUCUGUAUUUUACUUACUUACUUACUUACUUACUUACUUACAGUGGUACCUCGGGUUACAGAAGCUUCAGGUUACAUAUGCUUCAGGUUACAGACUCUGCUAACCCAGAAAUAGUACCUCGGGUUAAGAACUUUGCUUCAGGAAGAGAACAGAAAUCGUGCUCUGGCGGUGCAGCGGGAGCGGGAGGCUCCAUUAGCUAAAGUGGUGCUUCAGGUUAAGAACAGUUUCAGGUUAGGAAUGGACCUCCGGAACGAAUUAAGUUCUUAACCCGAGGUACCACUGUAUUUCAUGAGAUUUUUACACCACUUGGUUGCAAGAGAAACUAUCCCAAAGCAGUUUACAGUGUAUAGAUAAAACAAUGAAAUUAUCAAGGAAGACAACUUUCAACAGAUAAAACCAACAGCAAACUCAAAACAGAUUAAUCCACAUUCUUGCUUAAACAAAAAAUGUCUUUAGCGGGCACCAAAAGGAAUACAGCGAAGGUGCCUGCCUGCCGUCAAGAGGCAGGGAGUUCCAUAGUGUAGGUGCAGCCGCACUACAAGAUCGAUUUCUUACAAAUGCGGAACUGGUGUUAUGUGACACCUGUAACGGUGCAGCAGAUGUGACAUUGAAUGGCUGGGGCUCUUGAAGCUCUCUCUGGCCUCUUGAUGAACCCGGCCUCUCUAAGCCUACCCCGCUUUCUCCCUCCUGCCUCCCCACACCUGACGACGCUGUGCAGGUCAGCAAAGCCACCACCUUGCAGAAGACGGCUGAGUACAUUGGCAAGCUGCAGCAAGAGCGAGCUGCCCUGCAGGACGAGGCACAGCACCUGCGGGAUCAGAUCGAUGAGCUGAACGCUGCCAUCAAGUAGGACUCUAUGUGGUUUUUGGGGGGAGGCACAUCAGAAGGCACAUCUCAGGGGUGGGGAUCUCAAUCUGGCCAACAGGCCAGUUCCUGACUUUCCCUGUUUCAUGUGAGCCCCGUUUUGCCCCGUUUGCUGGUUCACAUUGAACCAUGUGGGCAAAGCCACAGCGCUUUGUGAGCACUGGUGAUUUAUUUGUUUGUUUAUAUACUUGUAUACUGCUUGCCGUAAAAACAUAUAACCAAGCCCUUUACAGCAAUAAAGGCAUAAAACCAUACAAGGAAACCACUGAAAAGUUAAAAACAGACAUCAGUUAACCAUUGUGAAAAGAUGUGUUCUUAAUUGCCUGCGUAGGCCAGGCAGACUUAGAAAAGUUUACAGCAGGCAUUUCAAGAGUUAGCACAGAAGGUGCCUGCUGAAUCUAGUGGCAGAGAGUUCCACAGGACUGGGCUGACGACAAGAAAGGCUCUGUUCCUUGUUGUUAAACAAGCCUUGCCAAUUUAGGAAAGACUAGCGACGCCCCUGCAGAUGAUCUCAUAGAUCAUUUCCCUGAAAGUAAAACUGUCUCCUUGUGGUUCCUUUUGCAGCUUGUGCCAGCAGCAGCUGCCUGCCACGGGGGUGCCCAUCACCCGCCAGCGCUUCGACCAGAUGCGGGACAUGUUUGAUGACUACGUCCGUUCUUGCACCUUGCAGAACUGGAAGUUCUGGGUUGUAUCCUUUUUGGGAGGGGAGUUGUUUUGUGUGUGUGUGUGUGUGUGUGUGUGUGUGUCUGUGAUCACAACUACUCUUCACAGUACUUGGUAAGGAUUAAUUGGAAAUAGGCAGCAGUGGAGAGGCAAGCAAUAAUUGAGAUAAAAGUCGAGUAGCAGGCAACAUGAUAGAAGUUUAUAAAAUGAUGCAUGGCAUAGAAUCAUGGGAUUGUGGAGUUGGAAGGCACCUGAGGGUCAUCUAGUCCAACCCCCUGCAAUGCAGCAAUUUCAACAAAAGCGUGUAUGACAGAUGGUCAUUCAAUCUCUGCUUAAAAACCCCCACGGAAGUCUGCUCCACUGCUGAGCAGCUCUUACCAUUGGAAAGUUCUUCCUAAGAUUUAGUUUGAAUCUUCUUUCUUGCAACUUGAAUUCAUUGGUUUGGGUCCUAUGCUCCAGAACGGGGGGGAGCUCCAUCUUCCAUGUGACAGCCUUUUAGAUAUUUGAAGUUGACUUUCAUAUCUUCUCUCAGUCUUCUCUUAUCCAUGGAGAAAGUGGAUAGAGAAAAGUUCUUCUCCCUCUCUCAAAACACCAGAACUGGUGGACUUUCAACGAAGCUGCAUGUUGGAAGGUUCAGGUCAGAUAAAAGAAAGUACGUCCUCACAUAAUGCAUAGUUAAAACUGUGGAACUCCCUCCCACCGGAGGCAGUGAUGGCCAACAACUUGGAUGGCUAUAAAAGAGGAUUGGACAAAUUCAUGGAGGAGGAGAGGGCUAUCGAUGGCUACUAGCUCUGCUCUGCCUCCACAUUCAGAGGUAGCAAUGCUUCUGAAUACCAAUUGCUGGAAACUGCAGGGGAGUUGUGGUUGUGUCCUGCUUGCGGAUUUCCCUUUGGGGCAUCUGAUUGGCCACGGUGAGAAGAGGAUGCUGGACUGGAUAGGCCAUUGGCUGGAUCCAGCAGAGUAUAACUACCGUAUAUUCUUAUGUCCUUACAUGGUUGUGGACACCACCCAGGAGGUGGGGUGUGAAAGCAAGGAGCCACUAUAACCCCAUAAACAUGUUAUGUCAAAUGCAUGUUGCAGGUAAAAGUAAAAUGUAAUCAUUUUAGAAUUCCGUUGUUCUGCUGUUGGUUAGGUGAAAGUGGGUUUUAGCUCCAGGGAAAAUGCUACCUGGGUGGUAGAAAUGUCAUGUGGCUCAUAGCCCCCAAAUUCAGCAACAGACAGUGGACGGGUCGGAUUUUGAGACAGCGCAAAUAAGAGAAGGUGGCGAUGGUGGGGCAGCUCAUCACACUCUCUUCUGGUCCUUAACAGCACCUCCUCUCUCAGUUCAGCAUCAUCAUGAGGCCACUCUUUGAGUCCUUCAAUGGAAUGGUCUCCACAAGCAGCAUGGAGACCCUCGGCCAGACGUCCCUGGCCUGGCUGGAUCAGUACUGCUCUCUCCCAGCGCUGCGGCCCAGUGAGUAGUUUCUGUGACCCCCACUUCCUUCCCUCCAGGAGGGUGAUGGCAGUUGGGUCUUUCAACACUGUCUCCAUCUUCUUCCUAGUACAGCAAAGGGGUCCUGGAUAAGGAGGCUUCUUGGACGAGGCGGGGCACCAUGUAGAAAAUAUACACAAAGAUAAUAAUAAUGAUGAUGAUGAUAGUAAUAAUAAUAAUAGCCCAGGAAAGAGCAGUUGAGCAAAGUUAGGAAAUGGUGUGUACAUUCUGAAAGCUAUCUCCAUGCUGCCUCGCGAGGCCAAAAGUGUGAAUGGCUUCUGUUGGGAAUCGACUCAUUCUCAAGUGGAGCCAGCGAUGCUCCCGAAAUCCCAGGAAACCACAGGAGGGGAGAGUUCUGUUGUGCUUGUGGGUUUCCUAUUGGGCAUCAGGUGGGCAGCUCUGAGAACAGGAUACUGGGCUAGACCUGAUCCAGCUACAGCAUUCUUCAUAAGUGCUCACUGAUGUUUUUAAAAGAGGACGAGGCAAAGUUUUUGUUGUCGUUGCACUUAUUAUUAUUAUUACACUUGAUUUAUUAAUUGCCUUCUGAAGCACUGUCUCUUCCCAGAAGAGGCAUCUGGUUGGCCACUGUGAGGAAUUGGGUGGGCCCUCACAUGGCUUGAUCCAGCUACAUGACUUUGCUGAUGAUCUAAUGCCUGCUUUUCUUCCUUCAGCCGUCCUGAGCUCCCUCCGUCAGCUGAGCGUUUCCACCUCGAUCCUGACCAACCCGGCAGCCAUCCCUGAGCAGGCCACCCAGGCAGUGACAAGGGCAGGAGCCAGCAAUGGUUCUUCGUAGCCCCCGAGGAUGAUGAGGCUCCAGCAGGGGCCGUUGGCUAGAGCAGCACCAGCAAGAUCUCUCAUCCCAGCUGAGGAACUGUUUGUCCAGAGCGGCUUGGAGGAGAGAUACAGCCUGGAAGAAAUUGCCCACACCCCAGGCUGGCCAGCCCCCAUUCCCGGAAGGGAAGCCUCCUUCACCCUGGCAGGCUAUUCUGUGCCCAUUUCUUCCUGAAUUUACUAGCGACCACAGCUCAAAAACCACCCGGCGCAAGCCACAACCACAGCACUCUCCACAUCCUGGCCUAUGUAGGAAGUGGACUUGCCACCAGACCUCAUGUAGGCUAUGUACUUCUUCACACAGCGCAUAGUUCAACUGUGGGACUCGCUCCUGCAGGUAGCAAUGAUGGCCACCAACCUAGAUGGCUCUAAAGAGGAUUAGACUAAUUCGGGUAAAAGUAAAGGUAAAGGGACCCCUGACCAUUAGGUCCAGUCGUGGCUGACUCUGGGGUUGCGGCGCUCAUCUCGCCUUAUUGGCCAAGGGAGCCGGUGUACAGCUUCCGGGUCACAUGGCCAGCAUGACUAAGCCGCUUCUGGCGAACCAGAGCAGCGCACGGAAAAGCCGUUUACCUUCCCGCCAGAGCGGUAUCUAUUUAUCUGAUUCGGGAGGGGGAGGGCUAUUGAUGGCUACUAGCCAUGAUGGCUAUGCUCUGCCUCCACAGUUGAAUGCCAGUUGCUGCAAAUGGCAAGAGAGGAGAGGGCUCCUGCUCCUGCUUGUGGGUUUCCCAGGAGAGGCAUCUGGGUGGCCACUGUGAGAACAGGAUGCUGGACUAGAUGGGCCCUCUUUAGCUCAGCUCAAUAUAGCGGGACUGUUCUGAUCUUCUGAUGCCUGCUUUCUCUCUGCACACAUAGUGGACAUUCUUCAGCUUCUGCAGUGGCACUGUGCCACUUUCCCAGUCACUGUGGGUUCUGGAAGCUGCCCUUUUCCCUCUGUCAAAUCUCGCCUGUCUCCAUCAGUGCCACCCAGGCCUCUGAGAUGCGCCCAUGUUGCAAUUGGACAACCCCCUGCUUGUGCCUUAGCCCACAUUUCAAGCAUUUUAGGAGACGUUUUUUCCAAAGGGAAUCCCAAUGGUACCCCACUCCCACUUAUAUUGGUAGAAAACACAUGGUCGCUUUUCCCAAAUGAAGACCUACAUUUUCAAACAGGGUACGUGGUCUCAUACUUCAUUUGUGGGGAAACUUAGCCAAACCGCUGUUGUUACGUUUUUGCAUUCACUAAUUUCUGAGUGAAAGGGAGUUUCAGGGCGCUCUUUUCUCAGAUGCCUCUCGGAAACCUGCACACUAGGCACAAACCCUCUCACAGUGUUUUAUCUCCAGAAUCUGGAACUCUAAUGUAGACUGCCCCUGAACAUGGAGGUGUCACUUAGUUGUCACAUUUUGUUGCCCCAGCAUUAACCCACCUGCUAAACAGUGCAGCAACUGCCUUCCGCUAGCCAGCAAACUCCUCUGGUGACCUUUUAUUAAGCUCAUGCCUGCGUCUUUUUUCCAGCCCAUGUUUAAACUGCAAAAAAUCACUCUCGACCCUCCACCCAAGGGAAAUAAAUCCCAGCUGCUCCUGUCUCUUUCAAAAUGAAACCAGCAGAACCAUCUUGUGCCAGGCUGUGCCAAAUCCAAAACAAGCAGCCACAAUUGUAACAAGGACAUGUUUGCACCUGCGUAGCGGAAACACUGCCUCCCAGUGCAGCAAUAAAACUUCUGCAAAAGCUUA